AAAGAGAGCGAGAGAUACCAUUGGCAUUGGUCGGGUCUCCCCCCACCUUGUCACAACAACAAUACCGUCACUCUCGAUGACGACGCCAUUGUCACCGGACAGCUGCGUACGGGCGCGCACGUGACCGUACGGUACGGUUCCGGAGGUGCGGCCACCGGUGGCGGUGGUGGCGGCGCUGACGCCACCUGCGAGGCCACGAUCGCCAAAAUACUGGAUCAGUCGCUCUAUACAGUGGUGUUCGACGACGGCGAUGAGGCGACGCUCAAGAGGAAUAGCCUGUGUCUGAAGAGUGGCAAACACUUUGCCGAAAGCGAGACGUUGGAUCAGUUGCCGCUCACGAAUCCCGAACAUUUUGGUAAUCCUGUGUCGUUGGGCCGUCGACGGCGGCGACGACACCACAACAACUCGGACUCGGAUGACGACGAGGCGGACGACCGGUCCGUAACCGAUAGCCACCGGUCAUCGAAACGAGGCGGCGGUAGUGGUGGCGGACCACCUGUGCUGACGCCCAGCGAACGGGACACCGACUGGGGUCGAGUGGUAUGCGUGGACUACUCGGACAAACGGGGCUCCAAGAAGGACGUGUGGUUCCCGGCGCUGAUAGUGGCGCCCACCGCACAACAGCCCACCGCCAAAGUGGCCAGAGAUGAGCAUUUGGUCCGCAGCUUUCGCGACGGCAGGUUCUAUAAGGUGCCCAAACGCGAGACCAGAGAGUUCGCCCGAGAGCUGGUCUUAUCCAAGAGUGAGGCCAACUCUGUGGCCCUCAGGAGCGCUGUGGAGAAAGCGGUGACUUUCGUGGACAAACAGGAUUUGCCCAAUGGCUGGGAUUAUGAUCUACUGCUCGGCAAUACUGUGCCGCAG